AUGGAGUAUCAAAAACGGUUUGCAGAAGAGAAGCGAGCUACCGAACAAGCAUACCUCGAACGGCUUAAGAAGAAUAUAAGGAAGUACGGAAUCGAGGAACCUAAGAUGAUACUCGCUGUAAAUCCUUUACCCAGAGAUGAGGAAUUGAAGUCGACACAAGAAAUAGAAGAAAAGAGUCGCGGCCAGAUUAACGAAGUUCUGAAUGACAUGGGAGAAACUAUGAAUAUCGACGGAAUCGAGACCACCGUCACCAAGAUGGCCAAGAAGUGGGUUUCGACGCGCACUUUGGACGCUCAUGAUAUCCCCUGGUAA